UCUACCGCCGUGAUUCUUCGCCCGGUUUUAGGCGGCGCGGUGGUGGUAGAGGAGGAGGAUCUCCGCCGCCGUUCAGGAACCCUAGGUCUCAUCGUUUUCAAGAUAAUUCACAAGUUUCCAAGUUUCCUGGCUUGGGUGCAAGAUCAUGGGUAAGAAAGGCAGAAUUUUAGCAUGCAUUCAGGUCUUGGCUGGUUGCUGUUGGGAAAUAUCAUGGGUCAUGUAGUGGUAGAAUAAGAGAUGGAUGUGUUGGGUUAAAAAAAGUUCAAUGGAUAUUAGUAACCGAACAUGCAAUUAGUUUUCUGUGACAUGCAUCACUUGGGUGGUCUGCUUACGCUGUCUAUAACCAAGAUGAUCAUCCGGGGACUGCCACAUAAGUAAUCUGGAUUUCUGUUUGGAAUAGGUUACAUGUUACUGGAGAUUUGGUUUUUGGUGGUUUGAAUCGAUUGUAGAAAUAGCAGGAAACAUGACUGGAUUUUUUUAGUGCAAUACUUGAGAUAUUAUCGCAUUGAAACUUAGCGUGCUGGUUAUGAUUUACAUACCUGUUCCCGUCAAGAUAAUGACCGGGGACUUAUUAAUUUAUUGUCCUCAAUUAUGGAUAUAAAGUCUUGCCCUGGUUUUACCAUGUGCAACGGUGAGUGAUCUCUGUGUUUCAUCUUUGAGCUUUACGGAAUUGUCCUUAUGGUAUUUACCAAUCAAGUUAACUCACAUUUUGUGAGGUGGGAGCUUCUGAUCAAUUUUUGUUGGUGAAGAUAGACUUCUCCCUUUUUGUCCCUUGACAUGAAGCUUGCUCGACAAGUGCAGCAUGGCUCGUCUACAUCUAUUGCUUAAGGGGGGGAAAGGCUAGAAGGAUUAAAGCAUUGCCAAGUUUGAGCAGAUGAUGUUGGUAAAGGGACUAGUCCCUGCUAGUUUCGACGGUUGAAUAAGCAUCAGUUGUUGUAUGACUUGAAUCCUAUUCGUUUUCUAUAUGAUAUAUGCAACAUUUUAAGGUCCCUUGACAAGAAACAGAUUUGGUCACUAGCUGCUGCAAGGCUCAUUUACUGUUGUUGAUUGUAUAACGGAAGAAGGGAAGAAGGUUUGAAAGUUUUUCAGUGUAAAAUGGAUAUUGGUGGUAAAAUGGACAAGUGGUUGCUAUUUUCAAGGGUCGGAUAAGUAAUCAAUUGUGAGAUGACUUAAUACUAUUCAUUUGCAGUAUAAUAGGUAGAAAGAUUUUUAAGGUGGGUUCAUUAAAGAAGUUUUGCAUCAAAUGUAUCUAGUAAUUUGUAAUUUGUAUAGUAGGCUGGUGAUUCACAUAAAUAAGAGAGACAGUCGUAUUCUUGUCACCAGCAAAGUGUUCGUGUUUGGAAUAGAACACAUUUCUUGGCUUCUUUUACUGGAUUAAGUUAAUCUGAACUCUAUUUCCCGAGGAUCCUUUGAUGGUUCCUAAGAAAAAUGAGUGAGAGUCAUUCUGUUAUUGAGGAUUCUAUAGUGGAAUUGAUCAUUAGUAUUUACUCAGGAAUUAUAUUUUAGUAUUUACUGAAGAAAUGUGGACCUGGAGACUUCUUACAGGUCGGCCAUGCAGUAUAUCUCCUGGGGAUUGGCACAGUUGCUUAACAGAACUGCAACUAGUGAAGGGACUAUGCUUGAUGCUUAUAGUAGCAAUUGGCAAGGAAUAUAAUGGGGUAUUGGACUAGAAAUAUCAUUUGUUUUAUUAUGGUGGUUGGGUCCCUGAAAAGGGUCUCUUGGAUGAUUUGUUGGCAGUGAAUUUUAUUGAUGCCAAAGUGUUUCUUUUUUGGUUGUGAAAAAACAAGCAUGCAACAUCCAUUUGGUAUAUCCUAUUUUGUGGAUGCUCACCGAGGAACUGUAGUGAAUGACCUCAGCAGCAGGGUAUCUUCCUCGUGCAGGUUCUAUCUCACCACCUUUACGCCGCCCUAGGUUAGAUGGUAGCCAUUAUGACACAAACUUUGAUUAUCCAGCUGGUUCACGCUUUGGUCGAGGGUUUCGAGGUGGUGGGAGGGGAGGUGGAAGGUUUCGUGAUGUUUCACCACCGAAUGGCUUGGGAAGGGGUGGUAGAUCCUCCUAUGGAAGGGGCUACACUGUAGAUCAGCGAGUGUUAUCUCCUGAUGGAGAAUAUGUUCACAGAAAUGAUCCUAAUUUAUCUCCUAGGGAAGGCGACUGGAUUUGUGGAAACCCCCGCUGUGGAAAUCUGAAUUUCGCAAGGAGGACAUACUGCAACAACUGUGAUGAGCCUCGCUAUGCAACAACAGGACGCCCCACACCUAUUCGCAGCCCAGUACGCACCGGACCUAUUCGCAGCCCACUACGGACCGGACCUAUUCGCAGCCCACUACGCACCGGACCCAUUCGCAGCCCUCGUAGGCCCUACUUCACCUCUCCUCCCUCUCGCCGGUCUCCACCUGAUAUCACCGCUCCACCCUUAGACCGUGCGCUAAGAAGAAACUUCAAUGGCUACCAGUCACCCCCUAGAGGGAGGUAUAGAGAUGAUAGGAUUGAGUAUGAGGAGGAAUACCGAGGAGGUAGAAACAAUUGGUUGAUGGACGAGGAAUGGGAGAGAAGAAGGGGAUAUGAUCGUCGACCUCUAUCUCCGUUGUCGCCGCGGGACGGCGUGGGGAUGAUGAUUUGUUUGGUGGGCGAGGGAGGGGGGAUCGACGGGUGCUGGGCCGGGGGAGGAGCAGUGGUGAUAUGUACUAGAGGAUUUGAAGAGAGGAAAAGAGGAAAGAUUUAG